AUGAGCCAGGAGCUGCUGCUGCUGCUGUUCCUGGUGGGGGAGGCUGCCCAGGAUCCCUGGUACACGAUAAUCCAGCCUGUGUCCCUGUCAGCGCCGGUCGGGGGCUCCGUCACCCUGCCCUGCGCCUUUACCUACCCUGACGAGAUCGAGCCGCUGUGGGACCUCCGGGUUUACUGGAGACGGGGGCUCUUUGGCCAGUUUAUCUACAAUCACACCGAGCGGUUCACCCACCCGGAUUUCAGGGGCCGCAUCGCCCUGGUCGGGGACCCGUGGGGGAGCCGAACGGCCUCGAUCCGCAUCGACCGGCUGCGGGAGUCGGACACCAGCGAGUACGUCUGCCACGUCAGGGUGAAGAAGCAAGACGGCCAAUGGGUGCAAUGGCGCAGUGACCCUGGGACCCAGCUCACGGUGACAGGGCGGGAAGCUCCCAGCCCCACCAACAGCACGUGGCACCCAGAAAUGGUCACAACUGGUGUGGGGGGUGCGAGGAGAACCUACCCCCGACGCAUCAACACCGUUUGCCUCGUCCUCAUCGGCCUCAUCGUGCUGCUUACCAAGGCCGGCGCCCCCGUCGUGGCCUUUGCCCUGGGCCAGCGGCUGGGCUGGGGUCACAGCUCAGAGAGCGUCACCGGGAGAGUGUCUGGGAGCGACGCACCAUCGGCACCAGGAUUCAGACUCAUCUCCCUGGUGCAGAGCUCUCCGCCAGGCAUCCCUGGGGAAUGACACCAUCCAGCAGCAGUAGAAUGGCUGUUAUCCUCCAGCAAAACAUCCGCUAGCCAGAGCAGAGAGGGAUGGACAGAGGGGAGGGGGAGUGUGGGGAUAGCUA